AUGUUGAAAGCAGGAAUACGUCAUAGUAAAACAUUACAACAAGCAUCGACGUAUUCGAUUAUUCGUUUUUCAUCUCAUGCGUCAACACAAAAACAAAGUGGACAUGGCAACUCUGGCUUUUAUCGACAAGUGGAAUUAUUUUAUGAUCGCGCAGCAAAAAUACUCGAAGAAAAAUUAGUUGCCGAUAUGCACAAAUCGAAAUUAACAGAAGAUAUGAAGCGUAAAAAAGUUCGAGGAAUAUUAAAAAUGAUUAAACCAUGCAAUCAUGUUUUGGAAAUUCGAUUUCCUAUACGAAAAGACAAUGGAGAAUUGCAGAUGAUUGAAGCAUAUCGUGCACAACAUUCACAACAUCGAACACCAUGUAAAGGUGGUAUUCGAUAUUCCCUGGAUGUCAAUUUAGAUGAAGUCAAAGCUUUAGCUGCUUUAAUGACAUACAAAUGUGCUUGUGUUGAUGUUCCGUUCGGUGGAGGAAAAGCUGGUGUUAAGAUUAAUCCAAAAGAAUGGUCUGAAAAAGAAUUGGAACGUAUUACACGACGUUUAACAGUUGAAUUAGCUAAAAAAGGCUUCAUUGGACCUGGCAUUGAUGUUCCAGCGCCAGAUAUGGGCACGGGUGAACGUGAAAUGGCUUGGAUUGCUGACACCUAUGCAUCGACCGUUGGCUGGGAAGAUAUUCAUGCAUAUGGUUGUGUGACAGGUAAACCUAUUCUCAGCGGUGGCAUCCAUGGACGAACAUCUGCUACGGGUCGUGGUUUAUAUCAUGGUGUAGAUAAUUUUGUUAAUGAAGCUUUAUUUAUGGGAAUGGUUGGUCUUCUACCGGGUCUUGCUGGUAAAACAUUUAUUGUUCAAGGUGUUGGUAAUGUUGGUUAUCAUUCAAUGCGUUAUUUAACACGACACGGUGCAAAAUGUGUUGGCAUACUUGAAUGGGAUGGAGCCAUUGUUAAUCCAAAUGGUAUUGAUCCAAAAGCAUUAGAAGAAUAUAAACUUGAACGUGGAACCAUUGUUGGAUUUCCAGGUGCGCAACCUUAUGAUAAAGAUCCAAAAGAAUUACUCUGUGAACAAUGUGAUAUUCUGAUACCAGCUGCAAGCGAACAACAGAUCACAGUUGAUAAUGCACAUCGUAUUAAAGCUCGUAUUAUCGCUGAAGGUGCUAAUGGUCCAACAACACCAGAAGCUGAUCAAAUUCUAAUGAAUAAUAAUGUACUGGUCAUUCCAGAUCUAUAUAUCAAUGCUGGUGGUGUCACAGUCUCGUAUUUUGAAUGGUUAAAAAAUUUAAGUCAUGUCAGUUAUGGUCGAUUAACAUUUAAAUAUCAACGUGAUACAAAUUAUUCACUUCUCGAAUCUGUACAAGGUUCAUUGGAAGAAAAAUUUGGUAAAAUGGGAGGCAAAAUUCCAAUUUUGCCAAGUGAAGAAUUUUCUAAACGUAUGGCUGGUGCAUCAGAAAAAGAUAUCGUACAUUCCGGUCUUGAACAAACUAUGGAAAAAUCUGCACGUGCUAUUAUGGAAACAUCGUUGCGUUAUAAACUUGGACUUGACAUUCGUACAGCAGCAUAUGUCAAUGCGAUUGAAAAGAUCUAUAAUAUUUAUGUUAGUGCUGGUAUUACAUUUGGAGGAUAG